GACAGGGCAGCAAGCGAGCUCGCACUGAAGCAGCGUGUCUAGCUUCUGCUACGAGUAAUGGUAGUUGCAUAGCUCUGCCCUGACCCGCAGAUCCUUCGCUACUCGCCACCUCUCCCGGCACUCGCGUAGCUCGCAGGUCUUUGUCGUUUGGCGCGCCUCAAGAAUCGAUUCAACAUGGGUCGCGCGUUAUCGCCGGCGGGGCGGGCGCCAGUGGCGUUCACGGGGUGAUGGCGGCGUGUGCUGCGAGGCGCCUGUCAGACGACCUGCGCGCCUAGGGCUCCCCCUGCGCGCCUAGGGCUCCCCCUGCGCGCCUAGGGCUCCCCGUGCGCGCCUAGGGCUUCCCGUGCGCGCCUAGGGCUUCCCGUGCGCGCCUAGGGCUUCCCGUGCGCGCAUAGGCUUCCCGUGCCACCCUGCGCUUCGCGCCAGUGCGCGGCGUGGAAUGAUCGAGAUGCGCCAGUGCGCGGCGCGAAAGUGAGAUUGCGAUGGCGCGAGCAGAGUGCAGUCGGCGGUAGCGUAGCCCCGCGCACUCAUCACAGCCCGCCACCGCGCGCCUUACGCCCUCGCUCUGCCGUGCCAGCUCCGCGGCGGCGGCGCCAUGAAGCAGUGGAAGCGGCUGGCCGCGCUGGCAGGGAAGGGCCGCGUGGGCGAUGCGCGCGCGGCGGAGAGGGCCCCGGGCGUGGCGGGCGCGCAGCACGAGCAGCAGGCGGCGAGCGGACCGGGGAGACCAGGGAGACCCCGCAGCCGCAGCGCCAUGGAGCUGACGAUGCCCAUGGCCGUAACGCAGAGUGACUCUAUCGAGGACGAAUUCCAACAGGGCAUGCAGGACGUGGGGGAGAUGCGCGAGCGGUACGAGGGGCUCGUGGCAGCCGUGGCGGCAGCGCAGGAGAGAGCCGCAGAGUGUGCGGAGGCGCUGCACCAGCUAGCGGCGUAUGUGGGGGAGGCGUUUGGCGGCGUGGAGGAGGGCGGCGUGGGCGACACGCUGGUGCAGGCGGCGGCAGCUGAUGGGCGCAUGGCGGAGCUGCUCUUCUUCUAUAGCACGCACCUGCAGCAGACGCUGGCACACCCGGCAGAGGCGAUGCUGGGGGAGAUGCAGCACGUGGUGGAAACCAAGGAGCUCUACGAGCAGAAGCGGAGGGCGCAUGCAGCGGCAGCCGUGGCGGCCAAGGCGCGGCGCAGGGAGGCCGCUGCCACCAUGGGCGUGGGAGGAGCGGCAGAGGGUGGGGGGGAGGCGGGGCGGGAGGCGGAGGAGGCGGUGGCGCGGGAGGAGUUUGACGAGGUGGCCAUGACGCUGGGCUGCCGCCUCCUCGCCCUGCAGCAGCGGCAGCCGCGCCUGCUGCUCACGCUUGCGCUCAAACACCACGCCGCCAAGGUGCGUCUGGUGCGGGGUAGCGCCCGUGCGCUGCAGCGCGUCCAGCCGGCCAUGCUGCACGCACUGGACCACCUGGGCCUCUCACACACGCCGCUGCUGGCGCCCGUGGCGGACGGCGACAUGGACGAGGGGGACGAGGAGGGGGAGCAGGGGGGGGUGGGCAGUGGGGUGGGCGUGAGGCAGAUCUCGUUGUAUGGGGAGCAAGCUGCAGCAGCAGCUCUACCAGCAUCUCAGGGCCCCUCCGCGUCCGCCCACCCCCUGCACCAGCAGCCCUCAAUGCCCACUGCCGCCACCCCUCCUGCGUCUGGCCCCGCUGCUGCGUCUGCUGCUGCCCCGUCAGAUGCCCCCCCCCCUGCUGCGCGCGCCCAUGCCUUAGCGCCCGCCCUCCCGCCCACCGCAGCUGGGCCGUCCUCUGCCACACCCGCUGCAACCAGGGGCGAUGCAUCUGGGUCGGGCGCACCUGGGUGGGGCCCUGCAGUGGGGCGCGAUGCACGGAGCAUGCCUCGCACGGCGGAUGAGAGAGCAAGCAUCCCGGCAGGGGGGUUCCUGGACCCGCCACAAGCGCAGCAAGACUUGCCCACAGCAGCAGGAGCAGCCACAGCAGCAGGAGCAGCCACAGCAGCAGCAGCGCCGCCGCACGUCCGCCAUCGCAGCGUGCCCGCUGCUGCGGCACGGCCCUCCCUGGGCGCGUCCAAGUCGGGCCCCAUCUCCGCCGCCGCGUACCUCUCCGCCCUCGGCACCACGCCUGCUGCACUGGGAGGGCCGCUCGUGGCAGCAGCAGCAGCUGGGGGGAUGGGGGCAGUAGGUGGCACAGGGGCAGCAGGGGCAGCAGGGGGCAGGGCGCCUGUAGCAGGCACGGUGCUGCGGGGCAGGGUGGCCCACAUGGAGCCCUUUGCGCCGCGCAUGUCCGGGCCGCUCCCCCGCCCCGAGUCCCUGCAGGCGCCGUCAGGCGCUGCUGCCAUGCCCGGCCCACCCGCAGGUGCCGGGACUGCGGUCACCGCCAGUACCACGGCUCCACCCGCCGCCGCUGCCACUGCUGCCGCUCCCAACCCCAUCCCAGCAGGCUCAAAGCCUGCUCUCCCCGCCCUCUCCCCUGUCUCGGGUGCAGCGGGUGUGGGUGCCGUGGCUACAGGCAGUGCGGCAGGUGCAGGGGCAGGGGGAGGGCAGGGCGCAGCAGCCGCGGGAGCAGCAGCAGGUAGAGGAAGGGGAGUAGGAGGUGGUGGCGGUGGUGGUGGCGGUGGUGGCAGCAGUGCACCACGGGCGCGUGUGAGCAUGUCGGGUCCCAUCCUGCGAGGCACCUACCCCUACGGUGCGCCCUCCCUCUCGCCCACACCCAUGGCCGCCCUCGCUGCCGUCUCCACCCCCACCGCCCUGCCUGCUGCGCCAUCUGCUGCUGCAGCCCCCUCGUCAUUAUCCCUGCCAGCUCCAGCAGCGCCCGCCAGAACCCCGUCUGCUGUGCCGCCCACCCUGCGCGCGCCACAGAGCCCCUCCCUGAAGCUUCCUAGCACCAGCGUGCAUGCGCUUGUCUCUCCACGCCCCUCCAUGCCACCGGCAGCAGCAGCAGCAGCAGCAUCCCACCUCGCCCCCUCCACCCACCCUUCCCAUCGCCCCCUGGGCGCUGCGAGCCGCGCUGUGAGUGGCCCCAUCACGCGCGGCUCGCUGUUCGGCGCCGCCUACGGGCUGCUGCCCGACGCAGGGGCUGCCGCCGCUGCUGCUGCUGCUGCUGCCACCGCUGCUGGUGCGGGUGCUGGAGCCGGGCGAGCAGGCAUGGGUGGAGGGGCGGGAGGGAGCGUGGGUGGAGGGCCUGCCAGUGCAGCAGCAGCAGCAGCAGCAGGGGGGCGUGGCGCAGGGGGGGGCAUGAGUGCAGUGCGGCUGCACAAGUCUGGCCCCAUUGGCCCCUCGCACCCCUACUACUCCUCCUUCACUCCUCUCUCCCCUCCUCACAACAUGCCCCUCCACGCCCUCCCCCCGCCGCCCCUCGACAUCCCGCCCACCCCAACUGCUGCCGCUGCACCUGCCUCAGCAGGUGGUGGUGGGACGGCAGGGAAGGGACACGUGGAGAGCAGGGAGGUGGGCAGUGCUGCCGCGUCUGCUGCGGGCACUGCAUCAUCUGCUGGCCCUUCCUCCCCUCCCCAGCAGCAGCAGCAGCAGCAGCAGCAGCAGCAGGUGGAGGCAGCAGUGGCAGGCGCGGCAAGGGGGGGGGAAGGUGGAGGGGCGGGGGCAUCUGCUGCUGCGGGGUGGCAGGGCGCAGGGGGAGGGGGGGGGGCGAUGGCAGGGCGAGUGCGGGUGGGGGGAGCAUCGCGGCACCCGUCGGUGGCGACGAUAGUGUCGGAGGGCAGCGAGGAGGGCGGGUCCGCCGGCAGCAGCUUCCACGGCUCGCCCGCCGCGCGCCCCGUGCCGUCGUGACAUGAUGCCUGCAGCAGUGCCUUGCAGGGGGCGAGCAGGAGCAUCCGUGUGCUGGUCGCCACUGGGCCCCCAGGAGUGUGGUGCAGAGCGCAGCUGUAGUGGCCAUGGCACCGCCACCAUGGGCGGCAUGGCAGAGGGCUCCACCUGCUGCUGGGCGCUGCUGGACGCACAAGCACCAUCUGGGUGGUCAUUGGUCCAUGGCCGCUCCUGGUUCGUACUGUGGCAAUGGACCCAGCUUGAACAAGGAAGGGGGCUUGGUUUGAAGUAGAGCUGGGGUUUUUCUUUUUGGGCAGCCGGCUGUGUUCGAAAUAGAUUCGGAAGCAGUUAGUGCAUGAUAGGUUUCCAAUUCGGAGCGGAACCGCUGUUCACUUGCGAGUGUUUCGACGAUCUCGCUCGUCGUACAGCUUGCGAGGUGUCACACUGUUUCUGAACCCCCCUGUGACACCCGAGAAGCAAACCUGGUCCCAACUUGAAAAUCGAGUUGGGUUCCAGGGAAAACGAUCGCACAUGCGAUCCCUUCUGACACGCGAGUCGCUCAAGUGUCGCACUGUACAAUUCGCCAAGCUGAUUGUUGCGUCAGCCAAUCAAAAUCGAGCAACACAUUUCAGAUUCCUUUCCAUCCGAAAUUCACAACAGUGAUUAUAGUCAGUCAUUUUAUACUUAGACGGAUUCUAGAAGGCCAAGGUUCAAGUUGGGCCGACCUUUGCUAUUCUAGCCUGGGGCUUUAACAAUAAGGCGUACGAGGCAAUGCAGCGGUCGGUACCUAAUCUUCUAUAGGUACUCUAAUCAAGGGGUAUCUUUCCU